CUGAAGUUGAUCUUGACCUCUUCAACCUCAGUCACUUAAUCAAACCCAAAGUAUAAAAACUUCCACAUAUUGAAGUUUUAAGUUAUACAUCUUUAGUUUUCACAAUAAAUCAGCACCUAUGCGAACAUUAUCAUUUAAGAGGAGACCUAUCCAUCCACACUUCCCAUCAACUCUCUUCUUCUUCUUAAUCUCUCUAGCUCUGUUCAUCUCUGGUGUGAGCUCCCGUGUCCUAAGUCCUCUCCCUCUAAACAACUCUAUCUUGAUCUCUGAUGGCAUCCAUGGCGCCCCUGAUUACGAGUUUCUCACUCUAGAUCCUCCAAAGAACGUCUCUAAAGCAGCUUGCCUUCAUGUCUACGGGUUUCUUCCAUGUGCAGACAAUAUUGGAGGUUAUGCCUUCCAAGUUUUUUCUUUUGGGUGUCUCUUGGUCAUCGGUGACUAUUUCUUGUCUGAAGGAAGAUCAAAACUCUUUGUUAUUUUCGAGGUCGGUUUCUAUGGUGGUAUAGUCUUCCCUCUUCUUACAAUGUUCCCAAGAAUUGCCCUUAUGCUCGCGCCUGGACUAUCAGCGACACAUGAUGGUGCACUUGUGAUUGUGGGUAAUAACGUUGGAGUUACAGUAGGACACACAGUUUUUGCUCUGACAAUGCAAUGGGGAGCUUGUGUUGUAUUUGGUUUGACUAGUCCUAGUUCAGGCCAGUCAACUCCAAGAGGAUCCAUCAAAAGAACAACUUCUGAUACAAAGAAUCCAAGAAGAGGGUUUUACAGGAUGAAGAUACUGAAAAGCGUUGCUGAAGCAAGCGUAGAUGCGGAUCCUAAGAACAAGAAAGCUGCAGGGAUUAUGCUUCUCACUCUAGCUCCAUUUCUCAUGGUGACACUACCUGAUUUGUUUGGUGCACAAUCUUGGAGUGACAUCACUAUGUUGAUCACUCUCAUAAUCUCGUGUUCUUCAACCAUUAUUUACUUUCUCUACUCGUAUUUUGAUACGGCAGACCAAAAGAAGAGCUUAGAUCAUGCCAAGUUUGAGCUCAUGUCGGAAGUUCAUAAGCAUUUGCAAAGCUUUUCACCUCAAAGCCUUAUUAGAGAUGGACAACUAAGUAAAGAGAGCUUGAAAAGUUUGUUUGAUAAAAUCGAUAGGAACAAAGAUGGGAAGAUACAAAUCUCGGAGCUCAAAGACUUAACCGUAGAGUUUGGAGUUUUUGGAAGAAUGAAAUGUGACAUCAACGAGUUUGCAAACACUCUACUUGCUGACUUCGACAAGGACAAAGAUGGUGAGUUAGACGAGAACGAGUUCGAAGAAGGGAUAAUGAAACUGCUGAAUCAAUACAAGUUCGAUAACCCAGAUACUCCAAGACAGGGCAACACAUGCAUUUACAGAACAGCAUCAGAUUCCGUGCAUGUCAAGAAUCUCUCUCAAGGCGAGGAAGCUGGAGUUUUAAAGCUGGAAAUGCCAAAGCAAACACUUGUUGCUAAACUUCUCUCUCUGAGAACCUUAAGAGCUGUGACUAAAGUCGUUGGUGGGAUGCUAAUAGUCCUGUUUCUUGCUAAACCAUUUAUGAUCAACAUUGGACUCUUGUCUGUUUCAGCUGGAGUUCCUUCUUUCUACUCUGUAUUUGCAGUGAUCCCUUUGGUUAGAAACUUGAAGAACACGUUAUCUGCACAUUUCUGUCGAAAAAAGGACAAGGCAAGAAUUGCAUCUGAGAAAUUCUCUGAGAUCUAUAGGGAUGUUACAAUGAACAAUCUCAUGGGAAUGUCGAUAGUAUUGGCCAUUGUAUACACGAAAGGAUUGAAAUGGGAUUAUUCAACAGAAGCUCUUCUUGUUGUGGUUGUGGGCCUUGCAAUUGGCUUACCAGCUUAUGUGAGAUCUACUUAUCCGUUCUGGAUUAGUGUAUUGGCAUUUGCUAUGUAUAUCUCCUCUCUUGUUUUAAUCUAUCUCCAUUUUCAUUUGAGAGGUCAGAGCUAAAGCUUUCACCUUUGAGUUCUGAUCAUACUGAAAGUUUAUCAAUUUCUAAUUAAGUGUUUUUUCAUUUUCAUAAUGUUGAUGAGAGCUUAAUAAAACAU